AUGACUCCACGGGAGCAGCUGAGGAAGAUGACGGCACUGGGAGAGCAGGGGGCUUUGGAUGAAAAACACUGGUACCGUCUGGUGAACGGCAUGUCAGCUGGAGAGCUGAGGCAGAGGCAGGAGUUGAUAAUGAGGAACCAGAUGGCCAUGGCUCCACAGAUCCUUGCCCAGGGGCAGCAGAGGUUACAGGGUGUCCCAGCGCAGUUCGAACCUCACUUCAUGGAGAGGGAGUUGGUUCCCCCCACUGAGAUGGUAGCUUCUGACACCAGACAGAUCCACAUGGGGCCUCACCUAGGUCCACCAAUGCCCCCACAUGCCAAUGUCCUGCCUGGGAGGGCUUUCCCCGGAGCAGCUGGCUAUGGCUUCUUACCCUCAGAACCCAUGGAAACAGUUGCUCGGCGACAGGAGCUCAUUCACAAGCAAAAUAUAGCCAGAAUGGAGAUGAAUGCCAUCCUGCAUCAGAAGGAGCUGGAAAAUGCUCACCAGAAAGGACUGAUGGGAAUUGACAAUCCCAUGUCUUACCCUUCCAACCCCAUGGCCUUUAGAGGUCGUCAGCGCAUGCCAGAUGGCCACGAUGUCUUCGUCCACCGUCCUACCCUGGACGAACUUCACUCCAACAGCAUACUCAUGUCAGCCAGCCCUUACCCACCAAUCAGCACGCUGCACAGGGAGAGGGGACGCAGGGCUGGCAGAAGACCAACCACACACAAGAGUGCAGAAAGCCAUGUGACCAACCUGAAGGGCCAAACUGAAGAUAAAAGUGUAGAGCAGAGCCCAGGAGCCACAUCAGGGGAAGAGAAGGAGGUGGAGGCAAAGGGGGACAUGGGAGAGGAAUGUGCCGCCAGCAAAACGCACCAUCAAGCAAAAAUAGACCCUGAACACGCCACAGGAAGCAGGAAGAAUUACAAAGAAGGGGAGGCAGCCCUGCGUAAAGCCUGUGUGAACAGUCAGGAGAGUUGCUCUGAUGUGGCCAACAGUGGCACAAAUGACAAAGACAUAUCCAGCCAAUGUUCAGCUUUCCAGGAGAAAUUCAUGUAUCCCUCUGCAGGUGGAGCUCUCACAGGGAUGCCUUACAUGUUCCCCGUCCCUGGAAAUGGUUUUCUUCCCCCUGGUCCACCGAAUCUCUUUCUCAAUGGUAAUGAGGUGUCAGAGGACAUAAGGAAGUGGACAGUGAAUGAUGUUUACAACUUUAUCAACAGUAUACCCACAUGUUCAGAUUACGCUCAGACAUUCAAGGACCACAUGAUUGAUGGGGAGACGCUGCCCCUCCUCUCAGAGGAGCAUCUACUAGACACACUGGGGCUGAAGCUGGGGCCGGCUCUUAAGAUCCGCUCACAGGUGUCCAAGCGCCUGGGCAGCAUGUUGUACAUGAUGAACCUGCCAAUCUCCUCCACCAACCUGCACGCCACUACUGAGAAGCCCGGGGACCGGUCCUCAGAGAUCGGCUCCCCUGUUAACUGCAACAGUGAGGAAAUGAUGGCAAGUCCAAGAGACCCUGAUGUCCUCAAAUCCACAGAGCACCUUCAGGAGACAGAGAACAAUUCCCCUCCAUCUGCCAGCAGUGAGACAGCCUGAUCGGCACUGAUAUGUGGACAGAUGUGAACCGAACAAGGCCCAGUCUGCACCUACGGCAUGGCACUGUAACUGAAGGACUGCUGCUGUCACAGUGGUGGUUUUGUUUACAUGAUGAUUAACUGGAUUGAAGAUGCUUUUUUACUAUUUGCUACCUGGGUUUUUGAUACACAGGUCCAUACUAGGCCCAGGUGUCUGCUAAAUAUUUGUAUUUUAUAUAUAUAUAUGUGCAUAUAUUUCUGACAGUGGAGUGGCGGGGAUUUUGAGUUAUGAGACGCUAAGAGGGUUCUCAUUUUUCUUUUCUCUUUUACAUUACAGGCCGUCUCUAAAUGUCUGAUUGUGGCUUCAAAAUUAUUUUUUUCAGCUGCUAAAUGUCAUUU